UGUUCGGACGGCCGAGACCAGUGCGGUGAGUUAUUGGAACAUGGUGUGCCACCAACGUUUCCUGCAGGCAGCCCUUGUCACCCUGCAGAAUACCGGUUCUGUCGUUUCGCUUACCCUGCUCGGAGCGUUCGUGGACUACGUCGGCAGGAGAACCCUACUCGUGGGCUCCGCUGUGGCGACGGUGACCUGCACGCUGUGCACACUGGUGGCGACAAGUUACGCGAGUUACGCUGUCGCACGUUUCCUUAACGGGGGCAGCGCCGCCGCAUACACGAUUUUAAGCUUCCUAAUCCCAUUCGAGGUGAUGACACACACGCACAGGCCACAACAGGUCCUGUUCCUGGCGGUUGUCAGUGCGGCGAUAGGCGAGAUUUGGAAAGCCAUCGUCAAAUCUGUGGUCGUCGACUGGCGUCUGAAGCAGGUCAUCUUCCUCGCUCCGACGGCUUUCCUGCUCCCUGCUUUGUCUGUAGCACGAGAGUCACCCCGCUGGCUUGUCGCAAAAGGAAAGCUGAACGCGGCGGAAGCAGUCAUGAUGCAGGCUGCCAAGACGAACAACUUCCCGCUUGCUACCACCGCCUGCCUCGUGCGAAAACUCAGGGAACAGGUCGAGAAACGCACGGGUCAGGAAGGCACAGACAAAGACGACUUGAUCGACUGUCACUCCCUCCGACGUCGAGCGUUGGCCAUGUUCUUUGUCUGCUUCUGCAUAUCGUUCGUCUAUCACGUCAGCGCUUUCACGACGGCACGUUCGGGGGAGUUCUGGAUCUCGGGCCUCACGGUGGUCAUCACGCUGCUGUCAUAUGCCGCCAUGCACUUCCUGGUGACCGGCGUCGCCCUUAUUACUGUACUUACCACUUGCUUCGUGCUGGCGGGCAUCAUCCAAUGCGCGCUGAGUAUCGCCGCCGCCGCCGGACUCGGUACCGUCACCAAGGUCUUGCUCGCGCUAUCCAAGGGCACCUCAACUGUGAUUUUCGUCCACUGUCACACAUACGUGCUCGAGCUGUUCCCGUCGGCCGUGCGGGGAGGCGCAAUCUGCUGGGCGUUCGCCAGUGGACGCGUCGCGGCCACGUGCGCGUCCUUGGCUUUCAUACUGAAGCCGAACGCACACGAAGACGUGCUCUUUGCCGUGACAGGACUGCUCCUCUUCGUCUGUCUGCGUGUCAUCCGUGCCCUGCCACGCACAACGGUGGUGGAGGAAGCGAAGAUCGUGACUAGGCUAGCUUCGGACUCCACCAGGAUUACCGUGGACCACAUGAAGCGGACCCUGGUGCGGCAAACUCAAGAUAAUGCGCUCAAGACUACAAGCGCGGACAGCUCCAAGUCAUCCGCCAGGAAGAGCCGGAAAAGACGUGCCAGGAGCAUUCCGGGCAGUUCUAAGACAUCCCGUGGCGUUUGCACCGACCACGUGGAAAAGUGACAAGCAGCACGAAGAUUGAGCGCACUCCUUUGGUGGUGUCGAGUUCUCGAACUUUACGAAGCUGCUUCUAAUACGCUCGUAUCAGGUUCAAAUCAACUGUAUUAAGCUAGCCUUGCUCUGAAACUAAGCUUUUAGAAACUAGCAGAUAUUCUCUAUUUUUGUAUUUUUGAUGGACCGGUAUGUUUAAUACGUAUCUUACUCAUUUAAUGGCCUGCAAUAUAUUGUUUUGUAUUCAUAGCCAAUGCGCCCACGCUCUCAAAGAUGCCGUGUAGACUUCUCCAUAAUA